CGCGUCUUAUCCCGAUUUGCAAAUUAGACACGAUCCCAGGUAUACAGGUGUGAAAUGUGAUUUCCUGGUUUGAAAUUCUGGAAAACAACUUGAAUGAAUUCCCUGUUUGUGAUCCUCCUACUCCAAGGUCUUCCAGCGAUAUGCUGGGGCCUGGAGUGUUAUGUAUGUACAGCGCAGGCCAACAACGUGGACAAAUGUGUGAAAACCACCAUACAGUGUAGGGAGUCGCAGGAUGCCUGUCGCACACAGAUCAUGUGGAAACAACCUGAGUUUUGGCAGCCCCGAAGUGAAAGAUACCAUUAUGUGUCCAAGUCAUGUGACAGAAAAGACCGAUGUGAGGCAGAGAGUGCCAGUAAGGGGCUCAAGUGUAUGCGUGAUUGGUACCGGGACUGGCACUGUAUAGAAUGUUGUCAGGGAGACAGAUGUAACUACUACACAACGCUGGGAGCUGGAACAACACAAAUCAGUAUGACAUUGCUGGCGGUGGUUUUAGCAGUGCACUUUUUCUUCCGGCUAAGAUGAAGGAGAGAAAACGAAAAGAAAUGUCCAACAUUUCUCAACUCACAGUUGAUAGAAUAACUUUUCUAAUUCACAACACCAAAUUUAAAAUCUAAAUUAAAAUUUAACGUUGAAAAUAUUAAAAUGUAUGGUAAUCUUUAAAAAAAUCAUGAUAACAGUGUUCCCUGCACAAGGUACUUCCUCUUGGUGACCCAAAUCUGUCACCAGAGGGCACACAAUAUAACAUUGCUUACAACAUCAUAAGCUUACACUGUUUUAACAUGAUAAUAAACAUAUCUUUUGUGACACAAAUUAAAGAAAUAUGAAAUUGUUUCAAGUUAAAUGAUGUUUAAAGAUUUGUAAAUAAUAAAAGUUUACUUUCAUGGUCUAUUUUUAAUUGAAAAAUGGAAUUUAAAAACAGAGCAUUGUCUGCAUAUAUUUUUUGUUCCUUGAUAGUGUUAGUCUUGUGAACUGCCCAAAUGAUGCAACUACUUAAAACAAAGAUUACUAGUACCACCUUGUGGUGAACCCCAUUUACUCGGGAUAUUAAAAGAACCUCUUUGUGAGUCUAACAAAUUUACAUAAAAAAUAAACAGUGCCACCUUGUGGUGAGCCUUAUUUAAACGGUCCUUAAGUGUCUUGUGUAGCAAUCCCUUUUUGUAUAUAUCCAUUUUUGUAUAAAAAUUGUAUUGCACUCAAUUUUCAUCUGAAUAUUCAUCUUGUAUAUAAUUCAUUUUUUAGAAAUUAACAUUCCAAGAAAUAUUUUUUUGUACAAUUUUUAUAAUCCUUAUAAUUAACACUGUAUAAUCAUUGUCUUAACUUGAAUUUUAAUUCACAAGCUAAGUUGGAAUUCAUUAUAAUUUACCUGAUACAACAGCCAUGCAUGACAAACUUGAUCAUUUUGGUGAAGGAUUUUGUUGACAUGUACAAAGUUACUUGUCACAUCUAGUAAGGAUCUCCGUACCACUGCCACAAACUUAAUAAUUAAGUGUCGGAAACUGUUUUUUCAGGCAUGACUAUUGUUUUGAUAAAUCAUUUUGGAAAAGAAAAUCACAUCUUGCAGGACUAUGAGAAAUAAAGAUGGUAUAAACAAAAUAUAAUCAACAACAAUGUUCAGAGUGGGAAAAAAAUCUGAAGGGCCAGACCAGGUUUGUAACACUAGACUUCAGAUUGUUGUACUAUCGCUUUAAUGGAACUUCUUGGUCAACGGAUGUCUCCUGGCCCAACUUUGCUUCUGCAUCCGAACAGAGGGUUAAAGGGAGGCUACUGUUAUACGAAAAACUACAGUGCAGUGGGACAGGGAUCCUUAAUUAAGAUCUAAAACAAAAAGAUAAGUAAUGUUUGUAAAUAAAUUUUGAUGAUAAAUGUACCUGGUAAUUAAUGAAUUUGACUGGCCCAUAAUAUCAUUGUAAAGUUUCCCCGUUAACUCAUUCACCCCUGAAAUUUCAUAAUGAACUAUUCCAACCUCUAAAUUGGAAGGGUUCAAAUGUGUCUUCAGGGGUGAAUGGGUUAAUAGGACAACUUUCCAACACCAUCACGAGUCAUAUAUAUUAACAGUCUACUAUUCACUGACCUUCACUCAGUGACUAUUGCUCUAGCAAACAGGAAUUAUCAUCUCAGUACUACACUAUAGAAUGUGACAAGUUUCCAUAACAAUAUAUUUGGCAGAUCUAUGCAAAAUUUCCUCCUACGAGACACAAAUUAAUUGUGUGACAUCAUCAACAGUAGAUUUGGGCAGAGUGAACCAUGGCUUCUGCAAAUCUAAGGCUGUUACUGUUUUAGGAAAUGAAAAUUGCAGCUACAGAUCAGACUAUUGAGAAACAUAGUGGUGAAGCAUUUACAGAAAAUUACUGUAAACCUAGUUAUCUCUUUUGGCCAGGUUGCAGGAGUUAUCAACUCAUAACCUGACAAAAAAAUAGAAAACUAUUCCUUAAAUAUAUAUUUGUACCUGUCAGUAUCAUUAUCACCAAUACUAAUGGAAUCUCUCUGUCACCUUAUAUGUUUACACAGAAAUUAUCAAUAAAGGUUGACCCAGACACAUUAUUUUGUAUAUUUCCUGUAAAUAUCAUCUCUCAUUAUCAAGAAAUGGAUUUUAAUGAAUAUGCAAUAAAUGAUUUUUAUAAGA